GAGCGUGUGUUUGUGCCGUCCCUCGCCUAACUAAGUGUUCCAGAGGAGCGUGUGUUGGUGCAGUCCCUCGCCUAACUAAGUGUUCUCUCUGUAUGCCAUGCUUCACCACUGAAAAAAUACAUACUAUACCUAGGAUACCUAUUCCACCAGUAGAAACACUGGGCCCCUUUCCUGUGUUACACCACACCAUGCUUGGAGCGGAGGUGAACGACAGUGACAUCAGCGUCAGUGAUGCCGGCGUGAACUGCACGGGCCUGUACGACCACCGGAGCGUGGCACGCGUGGUCAUGCCACUGCACUACACGCUGGUGUUCGUCCUGGGCCUGCUGGGCAACAGCCUGGCACUGCACGUGAUCUGGACGAGGCGGGUUAAGAUGAACGCCACCACGCUGUACUCGGCCAACCUGGCGGCGUCCGACGUGCUGUUCACGCUCUCGCUGCCGCUGCGGGCGCUCUACUACGCGCUGGGUUUCCACUGGCCUCUGGGCGAGGUCGCCUGCAAGUUCACUGGCAUGCUCUUCUACAUCAAUACGUACUCCGGCGUGAACUUCAUGACGUGCCUGGCGCUGGACCGAAUGGUGGCGAUGGUGGGCCCUCGCCGACUGACCCGGUUCAGGCAGAUAGGCACGGUGCGCUGGGUGUGCGUGGGCGUCUGGGUGCUGGUGGUGGGACAAACACUCCCCCUGCUGGGCAUGCAGAUGACACGCGAGGAACCCGACGGCAGCAUCUCCUGCAUGGAGUACCCGAGCCUGGAGGCGAGGGCGGGGAAGACGCUCCCUCACACCCUCAUCGGCGCAGUCACACUGGGCUACGGUGUGCCCGUGGUAACCAUCCUGGUGUGCUACUCUGUGUUGUGGCACAAGCUCUGCAGUGUCAUGCGCGGCAACCAGCUGACGGAGCGCUCGGGUCGCAGCCAGAAGGCCAUGGGGGUGACUGCGGCGGUGGUGCUGGUCUUCCUGGUGUGCUUCUCGCCGUACCACCUGAAUCUGCUGCAGUACAUGAUCCGGAAGCUUCUGUACGAGCCCAGCUGCGCGGAGUUACGCUCCUUCCAGGUGUCGCUGCACGUCACCGUCUGCCUCAUGAACCUCAACUCCUGUCUGGACCCCUUCGUCUACUUCUUCGCCUGCCAGGGCUACAAGCACAAGGUGUUGAUGUUGCUCAAGAAGAAGCCAGUCCUAUCCAACAGCAUCUACACGUCCCCCGAGAGCUCCUGCUCCAAUCACAACCGGGAGAACCGCUACAGUGUCCGCGUGCGCCUGAACAGUGUCAAGGGCAAGGACGAGUCGUUGUGAUGGCGACUCAGCCAGAGGACUCAAGCCCGGUCUGAGCCAAAACAACUUUGAGUGUUUUCUAAAUUCAUUCUACCUGAUGACACUUAUGAUAGUGUCAACGUCAGUAGACGAAACAGUUUUUUGGUAUGUAUGCAGUGCAAUUUGGUAUGAAAUGCAGGGCAAUGCAGUAUGCCAAUGCAUUUUAAAGGCAAUGACUAGUUGACCGUAGGUUAACAGAGUAAACCAUCUAUAAUGUGUAAGCAGGGUCAAACUGUUACACUGCUGGGAACAGAUGUGUGAGACUUCUGUAACUAUACUCUAUACUAUACAAUGCUAAGUACAUAAUGAUUUCAUAGUAUAGUCUGUAUUAUAGCUUUGAUAAAUAAUUUGUUACUUUAAAAAUGUGUCAAUAAAAUUGAGAUUGCAUUACUUG